AUGAGGGAAGAGACAGUGUUAAGUUUAAAGUGGCACAGUUUCCCAUCGCAUUUGGCGGUUUCCCUCGAUACAUGCUACGAGAAGCAACAGUUUGUAGAUCUUUCUUUAGUAUGUAAAGACGGAACAAUUUUGAAAUGUCACAAAAUGGUACUGGCCAACUCAAGUUCGUUCUUUCGUCGUUUGCUUGUUGCCAACGAUCAUCCUCAUCCUAUGAUUAUUCUUCACGAUAUCGAGGCGGAUGAUCUUAAGACUAUCAUCAAUUUCAUGUACUGUGGUGAAAUACAAGUGGUCCAAAGUGAGGUUAGAAGGCUGUUGAAGUUGGCCGAAAUUUUGGAAGUCACUGGAUUGCGGCAUAUUCAAACUUCUGUUUUGGUAGGAGAAUCGAACAACACGCCUCAUGAUGCGUCCAGAAAGACGACCACGGUAUCUCGUAUAAAAAUUGAAGAAACAAAAGGUUUAUCUACCAAAACAGUACCUGAGCAUGAUCCUAAUAUUAGACCACAGAAUAAGACAAACAGCCAAUCGACAAAAUUUCCAUCGUCUAGUCAUCUUCACAAAAAUAGGAAUAAAGUACCGUUAGAAACUACCAAGAAAAGUGAAGAGGGUAACAUUAAUUUAUUAAGUCAACGUUUAGACACUGGGAGAUCUGGAAUCAGUAUUGUAGACAUUAACGAUAUGCCAAGCACCAGUAGAGGAAUUUCCAAUCCACCAGCUCAAAAGAGAAAAGACACUUCUGAACCUGUUAUUAGUUGGCCUCAUGUUCUAUCUGCGAUAUCGAAGGACAAAUCUUUGCCUUUGAAAAAACUAUGUAUUAUGGAUGAAGUUGAAAUUACAGCUGGAAAGUCAUCAAUAAGUAAUCAAGAGUAUCAAAGAAAUGAACCUUUAGACAAAAGAAAACAUAGGACUAAUUCAGAAAGCAAUGAAUCUAUGAAGUGUGCAGUUUAUAUAAAAGAUGAAGUAGAUAUAUUUGAAGUAGAAGAAGAUGAGGAUAUGGACCCCCUUGAAGUUGAAGAAAUUGAAAAUGAAAGUUUAGAGACUAUAAUGGGACCAUCGCAAAUGUUUUCUGUUACAAAUAUGGAACAAAAGUAUUAUAAUACAGGAACACUUUCAGAAUAUUCUUCAAGAAAGGGAUCUAAUGAAUAUGGAUCAGACAAUCACAGAUCACAGUAAUUUGAACAAAAAGAUAAUAAAAGGCCAACAAAUUAUGGAUGACUCAACAAUUGAUAAACAUGUAACAGAAGAAGAAUUUCAGAACUUCAUGCAUCGCGUUACUGAAGUCGAAAAAAUUGUGAAAAAGUUGGCUUCUCCUAAUCCUGAAGAACAAAAGCAAGGACAAAUAUUGGCCGACGAAAUUUUAGAGAAACGAUCAGAAAAGAAUAUAUGCGAUGAUACUGAAUUAAAAAUAAAAAUGAAUCGUACAGUGAUUAACAAAUGUUCAAUCAAUGAAAAUUCUACUGAGGAACAAAUGUCUAAAGAAGCGUUCAUAAGAAGCGUGGAAAAAGAUGCAAAAGAGAGAGCAGAGAACCGAAAGAUUAGAAACGAACGUGCAGAAACAUUGAAAACAAUUGGUAAUGGUGCAUUUAGGGAGAAAAAUUACGAAAAAGCGGUAACAUAUUACAGUAAAGCACUUGAACAACGAAAAGAUUCGACCGUGUUAUGGAAUAAUAGAGCUUUGUCAUAUAUUCAGCUUGGAUUAUUCGAAAAAGCCUUAGCCGAUUGUGAAUGGGCAUUAAAAGUUAAUAAUACGAACUUGAAAGCACUCCUAAAUAGUGCUAAGUGUUAUAAACAACUUGGAGAUGAAAUCAAAUAUAAAGAAUAUAUUCAGUUAGCAAAAGAGAGAAAUCCACAUUUCAACAAAUUUAUUAAUGGUAUACUCAACAUUUUUUACAUUGGAAACAUUUCUGUUAAAACUAAAUUUACUUAAUUUUUUUUUACAGAAUUUGAAGAAAGUAUGGACAUGCGCGUUAAUUAUCAAGCCUAA